GGUGUGUGGUGCGGCUUUGUGAUUUGGAAGUGUGACAAGGCUGUGAUAUAUGUGUAACUGGUGACCUUGCGUGGCAGUGACGUGACGAGGAAGUAUGGAGGUUGUGUUAGCGUGUAUAGAUGACUUGUUUGGUGUUUGAAUAGGUAACAGUGGAGUUUAAAACCACCAAUUAGUCUUGUUUGUGUUACUGUGGCUACUACGUGACUGUGAGGUGGUGACGUGUGGAAAGUGCGUUGAUAUUAAGGGUGGAGGCUGUGUUAGCGUGUGUAGAUAACUUGUUUGGUGUUUGAAUAGGUAACAGUGGAGUUUAAAACCACCAAUUAGUCUUGUUUGUGUGUGGGUACUACGUGACUGUGAGGUGGUGACGUGUGGAAAGUGCGUUGAUAUUAAGGGUGGAGGCUGUGUUAGCGUGUGUAGAUGACUUGUUUGGUGUUUGAAUAGGUAACAGUGGAGUUUAAAACCACCAAUUAGUCUUGUUUGUGUGUGGGUACUACGUGACUGUGAUGUGAUAACGACGCGUGGAAAGUGCAUUGACGUUUAAAAAAAGGCUGUUGAGUGUUGCGUUAGCGUGUAAUGAUAACUUGUUUGGUGUUUGAACAGACCCACAGUUGACUUCAAGACCACCAGUUAGUCUACUGUGAUUACUACGUGACUGUUUCAAUAGAAGACGUGUAGCGAAAGUAAACAGUAGUGGUUGAAAGUAACGGAGAUUUUGAAACCUAAAAGAAGAAAGGGAAUAGUAAAUAGGUCCUGAAAAACAACCAUCCUAAAAAUUAAGUUAUUGUAGAAACUUAAAUACAAAAGAAAAAAAAUAAAGAACCACGAAAAACAACCAUUUAUAUAUUGACCUGAGAACAUACCAGUUAACUUACACAAACUCUAGGCAUCAGACACACACGCACAAAAAAAAUAAAGGAAAAGUUAAAUCAUAUCGUAGAAACUGAAAGAGGAAAGAAUAAAAAAGAAUAAAAAACACGAGAAACAAGCAUUUAAUUAUUGACCUAAAAACAUACCAGUUGAUUUACACACACUAUAGGCAUCAAAAACACAGAAAAAUAAAGGAAAAGUAAAAUUACAUCGUAGAAACUGAAAGAAGGAAAAAAAAACUGAAGACCCGGAGACUCAACCAUCCAACUAGUAAUUUAAGAACACACCAACUGACUUACACAACUAUAGCCUAAAAAAAAAAACCUAUAGGCCUAAAAAAAUAAAGGAAACCACCACCAUGAGAACCGAAUCAGUGGAACCGCCCGCUUACUACCGAAUCCUCUUGCCCAUAAUUGAGCAUCACAAGAAGGAAGAAACGGACGAGAGAGAUACAGAAGAUGAUGAGAAAGAAGCUGAGGGCGAGGCCAGCGGCUGCGCCUCCUACACGGACAUGUCCUCCACCAUGAGAGUGACGCGUGAGGCCACCGACGCCCUCUACUCCGACCCCCUUCUGCCGACCCCCGCUCACGCCCCCGCCGAGAUGCCCCGACACAGAGGCCCCGUCCACAACCCUCGCGAGGCUGGCAGGGUCGAGCAGCAGCAGCAGCAGCAGGAGUACUCGGGCAGCCACCAGGGACAGGCUCGGAAAGUCUCGCCCCCUUACACCUUCCCCUUCAUGAACACGCCCAGCCCCUCCGACGUCUCCGAGGGCUCCCAGGCCACCACGGCCUCGCCACACAUCUCCCCGCAGCCCCAAGUCCAGUCUGGCCACCAUGGCAUGGGCGCCCAGGGUCACGCCUCCCAGCAGAGCCUCAACCCGUCCCCCACCUUCAUCUCCCUGAUGGACACCUCACCUCCCCUCAUGCCCGCCGCUCAGGCCUUUGCUUACGACCCUUACCACAACAGUCCGUCACCCACAUACAUCCUUGCUCCCAACAACAGCUCCCCUCCCAACAGCGACUCUCCUCCCAUGGGUGACGCGUCCAGCCAGAGUGUCACCCCGUACAAUUACGGAACAUUCCUGGACCAGCAGACGCCACACUCACUCAUGAAUAUACCCAGCGGGCCGCCUUCCGCGUCCCGCCCCACCCGUGUGUCCCCCCACCCGACGCCACUCUCCUCGCCAGGCAACCCAGUACACCCCCAGGAGGAGACCAAGGUCCGCAACGGCAAGAUGUACACGUCCUACCUUAACCACAGCGGCCACGGCAGCUACUUCGAGCGCCAGAGCCGCAAUCCCUCCGGCGGCCCCACGCCCCCGCCGGGAGGCUACGCCCGCGCCCACCCUGCCGGCCAGUACUCUCGCCUCAGCCACGUGUACCAGCUGCCCGAUUUGCCGCUGAGAGGCUUCUACUCCAGCUACGAGGGUGCCACGCCUCAGCUCCCCCAGGCAGCACAGGUCCAGCCUCACCCAAGCUUCGGCGCCCAGGGCUUCCACAACUACGGUAGCCAGGCCGCCCCCCCGCCCCUGCAGUUCGCCGGCCAGUACCCCACCCCCGGGACUAUCUUCUCGUACUACAACUCCCAGCCACCCUCUCCUGCUGCUCCGCAGGGCCGCCCACAGGCCCAGGGUGGAGCUCGGCGCAGGACAACCAGCUGUUGCAGCAGCAGUGGAGGGAGCAAAGCUCAGGCCGCCGGCAUCGAGCGUCCCAGCGUGAGUGACUCUGUGAGGGAGAAGGAGCGCCUCGCCAGGAGGGCAGCACAGAAAACUAACCUCGUUCCGGGGACCAUGAGGAAGCGAGGCUGCACCUGCUCCCGCUGCCAGAUCGUCUUCUCCUCCUCCGGCCACCUCAAGCGUCACAUGGAAUCCCACGGUUCAAACCGCCGCUUCAAGUGUGAAUACCCGUUCUGUGACGUGGCCUACAGCAGACAGGACAACCUCAGGAAGCACGUCGAAAGGGCCAUUCACCGCCGGGAGGGGGACGCCUACACCAUCCCGAUCUCUGAAGGUGAGGACGACGAGCGUGAACAGUCAGACUUCAGCUACUUCAGCUGCGAGGGCGGCUUCGGUGUGGUUGAACCUAAAGACGACUCUGACGACCCACCUCCGGGAGGCUCCGGUCGGGGUGGCAGUGGUGGCAGUGCUGGGGUGGUUCUUUAAUGAGAUUUUUAGGCACAUACUAAAAUCAUAAUUAUAGUCUAUCUUUUGAAAAGCUAUUAUUUUUAAUCUUGUUCUAGUUCAAAUCAGUUUUACCAUUGCUUAUUUUGUUUAUCAUAAUUUAAGUACCAGUAUAAGCUUUUAGCGUCUAGUGUUUGGGGGUUGUGGUGCCUUGCCGCAGGAACAGCCGUGGUAGUGGCAGUGAUCGACGAGGCGCCGCGCCGGCCCGGGCGUGAGGCUGCCGACACACUUGUUAGCGAUGAUGUAACACGUGCACGUUAUUCUAGUUGUAAAAUUGUCAUCACUCAGCGGCCGCCCUGAUCAUCACUGUAGUUCAGCUUUAAUCUAAUUUUUUGGUAUUAAAUUCUGAGAUCUUCAACCUAUUUAAAUUUCAGGUUAUUUACAAGAUUGUUAACUUAGCCAAAAAGAAAUAUCCAAAGAUUGCAACGAUGCUUUAUUCCAAUUUUAGAAAUCAUAUUUAUUCUCAAAGAUAUAAAUUGGCUCCGUGUCACGAAGGCGUAAUUCCCUGUUUUGCGAGGGUCGCCGAAUGUCGCGGGGAUCCUCGAGUAUAGAGACCGGUUGCGUUGAAAAGACCGGUUGAGGACACCGGUUUACCGUAGGCUGUCAAACGGCUGUUACGUUGCGGGCGACUGUGUUGGUCAAUGGACAGCAGCCAGCACACUCGCCUGCAACGCUGAGUGCUGUGAUAUAUAAAUUUGUAUAUGAUUACGAAUAUAUACACUUGUUUAAUACAUGUUUUUAUUGUCUUUAAGGAUUGAGAAUGAUAAAAAAAAUGUACCUCUAGGUGGGAUGUUCGUGGGUACUGAUUUUGUAAUGAUUAUCAUGAAAUUUGAAAAUGUAAUCA